UAUUAUUAUUAUUAUUAUUAAUGCCUCCAAAAUUUUCAUAAUCAUACAGAGAUACUCGAUGCAGAUUAUAAUAACCAAGCAAAUUCCAGAUUCCACUCUUCUCUCCAUUUACAGCACCCUGUAUUGGAGAAUAUAGAUGCUGGAUUCUCAGAUCCUGCACCAUUUACAAAUGAGUACCAAGGAAAGUUCUCAGAUGUUCCAGGGACAGAUUUUAUUUCACCUGGUCAAGCAGAUAAAAUUAAAGAUAUUAAUGAUGCUGGAUUAUCGUAUGACCUUUGCAAAAACCUUGACCUCCUGUCAUGGGAGGAUGUAUUGAAGACUUGUUCUUCUGGCGUUGGAUCACUGCCUUUUAACCCAUCAAUUUCAUCAACGCAACCUGACACCAUAGGAAAUAUUCCUAAACAAAAGCAUGAAAUACUGGGACAGCUUUUUACCAAAAAUUGGAACUUGGUUGAACGUGGGAGUCACUUGCCGGCCUGGGAUUGGCAGACAUCUGAGAAUGAUUCUUCACCUUUAUUCAAGUGGGCCAUGGAUCAGAAGCUGGCUUCAGAAUCAGCACUUAAUAUUACGUCAAGGUCUCAUGAGAAAGAUGUUGAGAAUGAUCACCGAGCAGAGCUAUCAAACACAGAUCGUGGACAUCUUUUGCAAUCAGAUCCAGAGAGCAAUUCAACCAUACAGGGGAAAUCCCUCUUUUCCUCUUCAUUAAAACAGCAUUUGUUUGAUGGCUCUCUAACUGAGGAAUGUCUGCAGAAGAUUGAUAGUUUCAAUCGCUGGAUGAGUAAAGAACUUGGAGAUGUAAGAAAGUUGCAUAUGCCAUCCAGUUCUGGGGUCUACUGGGAAACAAUUGAAAAUGAAAAUGGAAUUGAGGAUUCCAACAUUCCCCCUUGCUUGGAUGCCUAUAUGCUGGAUCCUUCCAUCUCCCAAGAUCAGCUGUACAGUAUUAUCGACUUCUCACCCAACUGGGCAUAUGUGGGCUCAGAAGUUAAGGUCCUUAUCACAGGAAGAUUCUUGAUAUGUCAACAGGAGGCUGAAAAUAAUAAUUGGUCUUGUAUGUUUGGAGAAGUGGAAGUUCCAGCAGAAAUUUUAGCUGGUGGUGUACUUCGUUGCCAUACUCCUGCACAGAAGGCUGGGAGGGUUCCAUUUUAUGUUACAUGUUCUAAUAAGUUAGCUUGUAGUGAACUUCAAGAAUUUGAAUAUCGAGAAAACAAUGUUCAAGAUGUGGAUCUUACUGAUAAUAGUGGUAACAUCACAAGUGAAAGUCUCUAUAUGCGAUUCGGAAAGUUACUGUGUCAAAGUUCUGAAAGAACUCCAAAUUAUGAUCCUAGCAAAGUAAAUGAAAUAUCUGAGUUGAGGAAUAAAAUUAGUUUAUUGCUGGAAAAAGACAAUGAUGAUUGGGAUGAGAUAUUUACAUUACAGGAGAAUUUUUCAGUCGAAAAGGCUAAAGAGAAGCUUCUGAAGGAAAAGUUGCAUGUAUGGCUCUUGCAGAAGGUAGCUGAAGAUGGAAAAGGCCCUAGUGUUUUAGAUCCGGAUGGACAAGGUGUGCUACAUUUUGCGGCUGCUCUUGGCUAUGAUUGGGCUCUAGAACCAACGGUUGUUGCAGGUGUAAAUAUCAAUUUCCCUGAUGUAAAUGGAUGGACAGCACUUCAAUGGGCAGCACAUUGUGGCCGAGAGCGUACAGUUGCCUUUCUCAUCUCUCUUGGUGCAACUGUUGGAGCACUUUCUGAUCCAACUCCCAAAUAUCCUUCAGGCCAAACACCUGCUGACUUGGCUUCUGCCAUUGGACGCAAAGGAUAUGCCGGUUCUCUUGCAGAAUCUGAUUUUUCAGAUUUGUUUUCCCGCCUUUCAUAUAGUACAAGCAAUAAAAAGGAUGGCAAAGCUUCAGAAUUUAGUGGAGAAAAUGCAGUUCAGACAGUUUCCCAUCGGAGUCCUGCUUCUAUCACUGAUGAGGACUUACGAUAUGGAUUGUCAAUGAAGGACUCAUUAGCUGCAGUCUGUAAACCAACUCAAGCAGCUGCUAUUAAUCAAGUGUUUCGAGUGCAGUCCUUCCAGAAAAAGCAGUUGAAAGAGUAUGGGAAUGAUACUUUCGGAAUGUCAGAUGAACGUGCUCUCUCACUUGUUGCAGGUAAGUCUCACAAGGCAGGACAUCGUGAUGAACCAGUGCAUGCUGCUACAAUAAGAGUACAGAAUAAGUUCCGGAGUUGGAAGAGUAGGAAAGAUUUCUCGACAAUUCGGCAGCAAAUUGUGAAAAUUCAGGAUGAACGAUUGUGGUCAAUUGCUGAGAUCCCUAACACAAGUAAAGAGGUAAUUGAUAUUAGUUCACAGGGGGACAAGUUACUUGAGGUUAUUUCACAAGGAGAGGAAGAUGAGAUAAUUGACUUGACAACAUUGAAGGAUUCUCCCACUAAACCUCCUCCUUUAUACACCGAAAAGGUCAUCUGGAAGGAUCCGCUUAUUCACACUUCAUAUACAAAUCCAAUCAAAUUAAAGGCAAAACGACAAAUCCAAUCAAUCACAUCCUCUGUUGGAGAGCGUGAGGCUUCUUUCCUCACAUGGUACACUGGAGCUGCAGCGUCUGACACCCAUGAUGUUUAUUCCAUAGGAGUGCAAUCUAAAGCUGCUUUUUGGCACAAAGUUGUCGAGUUACGUGAAUGGUUGACCAACAAUCAUAUAGAUUCUUUCUUGGCACUAUUACGUCGACACCAAUAUGAGCAACAAGCCAUCGUUCCACAAAGUUGGACAACGACUCACACCUUCUUCGUAGGACAUAUUAAGAUGGAAUAUGAGAGGUGGAGAACCACACCGUCAAAUAAGUAUAAGUGGCCUAAGCUAUUCACGAAGAUGGUGAAGGCGGACUACACCCCCGGUUUGUUUUACAAACCAUGGGGGAAAGUCAAAAGGGUUUUCAUUCCUAUAAACUUUGAUAAUGCCCAUUGGGUCGCCGGAGUCUUGAAUUUUCAUGAUUGGUCGAUCACUGUAUAUGACUCUGAGACAACUUACACAGGCAAAUAUGAUAGGCUUGUUCAACGGAUGCGGCCAUACACCAUAUUCAUCCCGGCAUUAUUGGCGGCAAUGAGUUUUCGGGCCACUACUAUACGUACACCACGAGUGGAACACUUGGCAUUGCGUCGAGUGGAGGGUGUUCCCCAACAGGGCCAGGGUUCCAAUGAUUGUGGUAUUUUUAUGUUGUGUUUCAUAGAGUGUCUAGCGCUUUCACGGAGAUUAGAUUUCUCCCACGAGUCGUCUGCCUUGAUGCGUCAGCGUUUGGCCACACAGUUGUAUUUCCACUGUAUCGAGUAGAUCGCAAAUGUACAUUUAUAUUUAUCAUUGGUUAUUCAUAUGAUUUCUGAGUUGUUAUAGAUAUAUUUAUUU